CCAGCCAAUAAGCAGCGCGGCAGAGCCCGCGACGGUUAAACGACACUGGUGGAAGCCGCGGCCUGCUCCCUGGCUCUGCCCGGUGGUCGAGCUUGCGCUCGUGGCUGGUUUUCCGGGGCAGCCGAGUCGGAGCUAUGCCUUCCCGAGUGGAGGACUACGAGGUGCUCUUCACAAUUGGGACCGGCUCUUACGGCCGCUGCCAAAAGAUACGGAGGAAGAGCGACGGCAAGGUAUUAGUUUGGAAAGAACUUGACUAUGGCUCUAUGACAGAAGCUGAGAAACAAAUGCUUGUCUCUGAAGUGAAUUUGCUCCGUGAACUGAAACAUCCAAAUAUUGUUCGCUAUUAUGAUCGUAUUAUUGAUAGAUCCAAUACAACACUUUAUAUUGUAAUGGAAUAUUGUGAAGGAGGGGAUCUGGCUAGUGUUAUAACAAAAUGCACCAAAGAAAGACAUUACUCAGAUGAAGAUUUUGUUCUUCGUGUAAUGACCCAGCUGACCUUGGCCCUAAAGGAAUGUCAUAGACGAAGUGAUGGUGGCCAUACUGUGUUGCAUCGGGACCUGAAGCCAGCUAAUGUUUUCCUGGAUAGCAAGAAAAAUGUCAAACUUGGAGACUUUGGACUGGCUAGGAUAUUAAACCAUGAUACAAGUUUUGCAAAAACAUUUGUUGGCACACCUUAUUAUAUGUCUCCAGAACAAAUGAAUCGUAUGUCCUAUAAUGAAAAGUCUGAUAUCUGGUCUUUAGGUUGCUUGCUGUAUGAAUUGUGUGCCUUAACGCCUCCUUUUACAGCUUUUAGCCAGAAAGAAUUAGCUGAAAAGAUCAGAGAAGGAAAAUUCAGGCGAAUUCCAUAUCGUUACUCAGAUGAAUUGAAUGAUAUUAUUACCAAGAUGCUAAAUUUGAAGGAUUACUGUCGACCAUCUGUUGAAGAAAUUCUGGAAAACUCUUUGAUAGCAGACUUGGUAGCUGAAGAGCAAAAAAAAAAUCCUGAGAAGAGGGGACGACGAUCGGGAGAGCCAGAAAAGCUGCAGAAUUCAGGCCCUGCAAUGACGGAACUGAGACUCAAGGAGCUACAAUUGCAGGAGAGAGAGAGAGCCAUCAAAGCAAGAGAAGAAAGGCUAGAACAGAAAGAACGUGAACUUUGUGUCCGGGAGAGACUUGCAGAAGACAAACUCAUCAGAGCUGAAAAUUUGUUGAAAAAUUACAACCUGUUAAAGGAACAGAAGAUCUUGGGAUUGGCAAAUAGCCCAGAAUCAUUUGAUUUCCCCUCAUCUCUAACGAAGAAGAAAGUUCACUUCAAUGGGGAAAGUAAAGAGAAUGCCCUCAGUGGUGAGAAUUCUGAGAAUUAUCCCACUAACAAGUCCAAGAACAGAGACUUGAAGAAGAGACUUUAUGCUGCUCAGCUGCGUGCACAAGCCCUAUCAGAGCUGGAAAAAAACUACCAGCUGAAGAGCAGACAGAUUCUGGGCAUGCGCUGAUCCCUGCUGCCCAAGACUGUGCAAUGUUUGAAAUUGUGGCCAUGGUAGAGAUUGAUAUUCAACAACUCUGUCUUGGAUAUACCUGGUUCUGUGAGCCAUGUCCUUGUUUUAUCAUACCAAAAUACUUGGGAAGUUUUUUUGAUGUUCUUCAGGUUUUUAAAAACUGGAAGCCAAGAACAAUAGAGAGAAAUGACACUUGCUUUGAUUGAAUUUUUAAUACUCUGUAUAUUAGAAAUAGCUUUGGUAAUAAGUGCAUUGCUAAACCUUAAAACAUAAAAUAAUGUUGAAGAGAAAGUGAAAAGUUUUAUGAGUGUAAUUUACGCAAGGAAUAUCUCUCAUCUAGAUUAUGCUUAAUACGCCUGAAAAGUGUGCAUGGAAGGACUAUUUUAUUCUGAACUCAGUUUUUUGAAGAAUGUUAACUAAUGAGAAAAACUUGAGAAUUUGAUUCUGUUUCAUAAAUGGGUCAUGGACUAUAUUGUGCUUUAUCCAAAACCUCCCUUUGAUUUUAAAUAAGUGGGAGAUUUUUGUAGAAAAGUCCUAUACAGGUUGUAUUAUAUAAAUUCUGUACUUUGAAACUAUAGUGUUCUAUAAUUCCUCUCUGACUUUCUGUACUAUCUAGCGGCAAAGAGAAAGAACUAUUUUCUACUCAUCUUCAUCACUAAAUAAAGUGUUCUGGAAUUUUC